AUGUUCCCACGCAAGAUGCCCGCGCACCUCGGCCGAGGCUCAGUGCCGCGACGCAUCAACAUGGUCGAGUACAGACGCACCGCGACAGACGAGUACGCCCCCUUGGACAUGGACAUGUCGCGCUUCACGCGCCCAAGUGCGCUCCAACCACCUCGCAUCGGAGCCCGGGCUCGGCGGGCUCGGGCUCAAGCUCGGGCUCAAGCUCGACCUCGAGCUCAGGAAGAAGCUGAGCCUGCCGUCUCGGCCGAGAACAGCCCUGCGUCGGACAGCGAGGGCGUCUACGAGGGUCUCGCCGACCUCGUGCCUGACAUUCGCGCCAUGGACAUGUUCCUCGAGCCUGCCACGGCCAUCACCACCUCAUCUCAAGAGGGUGAAGAUGGAAACGAAAACAUGGCCAUGACGCUGCGGCCGAGCCGUGAACAAGACGACCACAUGGCCGUCGACCCCUUGCACGAGCACGAGGGCGAGUCCGACCAGGAGGGACACUACGUGCUGUCCGCAGAGCCGGCUUUUCCCACGAUGCCCCUGCCAGCACCGCGCGUGACAAGAGAGCAAGUCAUCGCCCAACAGCUCAAACUGUACAACCGCCGCGUGUCCUGGGCCAACGGCAGAGUGUACAAGGGCAACACCUGGGUUUUGCUCCAGCCCCUCCGCAGCGAGACGUGCUACUUCGAGGGCGACGACUUCAUCGCCGGCUGUGACAUCGAGGACUUCCCCCGCAGCGUCGACGAGCUGCGCUGCUUGGACUGUGCCAGGCUGAACGGGCUCUUGGGCCACCUUGGUGCCAGCGAGUACCGAGACGAGGCCAAGGCGGUCAAGCUGGAGUUCGUUAUGGACGCGUGGAUUCGACCCUAG